ACCAAACGAAGACCGCAGGGAAGGAAGGAUCUGAUGCGAACAUGAAGCUCGUUUGCCAUGUCUAAGACGGCGGUGAAGAAGCUGCACUGGCGUUCCAAGGUGCAGGACAGCUUCGUCCCUCUGCUGGGCUCGUCGGGGGAGCUGGGGAUCGCCGUCGGUGGAGGGGCAGAUUAUGGAGAGUUUCCUUUUGUCACGUCGGCUCCGGGGGGCGGCCUUACAGUGGGUGAUAUUAUCCUAGAGAUUGGGGGAACACCAGUAUUAGGGAUGACAUUAGGAGACGUCCGCGGCAUCCUCAACUCUUGCCCUCAUCCUAUCCGUAUCAAAACUGUGUCUCCAGGCUCCACAUUGUGCAAGGAUCUCAGGUUGUAUCUGAGUAAGUGCUUCACACCCGGCUCGGUGGACAGCCAGCUUCAGCAGGUCAUCAGAGAGAACCUUUACCUCCGCGCUGUGCCCUGUACAACCAGACAGCCCAGAGAGGGGGAAAUCUCAGGGGUAGACUACAACUUUGUCUCCAUUGAGGAAUUUUUCUCCUUGGAGGAGUCGGGAGCGUUGCUCGAGAGUGGAAAGUUCAAAGGGAAUUACUACGGCACACCUCGGCCCGUUCACAUCAGUGCAGAGAGCCCCCCCAUCACGUACCAGGAACACCGCAACCUGCUCAGAAACUUCCGCACACGCAGCAAAUCGCUCAGCAACCUGGAGAAGACUGCAGAGGACGGCAUAAACGGCGAGGACGACUCGGGAGGCUCUGCAGGUGUCAGCAGCAGCAUCCCUCUUUGUCACCGAUCCCCUGGUCGGCCCCGGGCAUCCAGCAGCGGUGGGGAUGGUCGUGUCAUAGAGAACGGGAUCAUUGGCAGCAGAAGCGGUGCCAGAGUGAGAGGUGUAAUGCCUGAUCACUGGGAGCAGGCCUUCAGUGACCCAGGAGAGUCACUUUACAUAGCGCGCAGCCCCAAGAGAACCAGCUGGCAGAGUCCUCGAGCGUCAAGCAGGGAGACCAUCUACAAAAAUGAAUGGUUCACCGACCAGCCCGCGGAGCUCAGGGGUUUUCCUGUGCACACACACUUGAUCAAGGGAUCCAGAGGGUUUGGUUUCAAUAUCGUGGGGGGCAGCAGGCCAAGAGAGUUCCUCCAGGUGUACAGUGUGACUGCAAGUGGACCCUCUGCACUCAAGACAGCGGACAUCCUGGUGUACAUCAACGAUGUCUGUGUGCUUGGAGUGUCCCACAAAGAGGUUGUAGAGAUGCUCAAGUCAGUGCCUGUGGGCCACAGCGUGGAUGUUGAAGUUAGAAGAGGGUAUCCGAUGCUCUACAACCCCGAUGGAUGUCCCAAGCAGCCUCCACCAAGGUUACUGGACAGUGGAGACCCCAUCCUACUGCCCACCACCACCCAGCCUCAGCCUUUCCACCAGCUACCUCGCCUCCCAACACCAACACCCCAGAUGCAGCACUUUAACUUUAACGGGGUCCACAGUGACGGGAGCUAUAUGGAACCCGGCAUGACUCUAGAUGCUAAUGGAAAUGCCACGUCUUUCGCCUCCAGACCGCUGCCUCCCUACAGGCGAUCCAGUCUGAGCCACGCUGCCUCUUCCCCUCCGGUUCGCCCACCUCGUUCUCUGAGAAGCUUGGCCAGGCUGCAGUCACUCGACCCAACGCUGGCCAGCCAGAGUGACAGCGAAGUUGUUUCUGCAAUUGGUUCACACAGGGCGUCGAUGAUCCGUAAUCACAACAACAACUCCCUCUCGACGCCGCCUCAUCCUCUCCGUUAUGGAACGUCCAAGUCGUCUGAGAGCGACCUGUCCACCUGCACUUUGUCGGGGUCGCGGCUGCCCCUCCCUCAGUCGCCACGGAGGCCUUCCUCUUCCCCCGGCGGCCCUCGCAACAUCCACUCCCACCUCUUCAGGCCACAAACAUCCCACCUAAGACCUCCUCCCACCCCAGACAGCCCCCACCACCGGGGCUUCAACGGUUUCCAUGGCAACACCAGCCCCACUGCGAGUCCCAGCAGCGUGUCCUCUCCCGGGGGGAUGAGUGUGGGCAGUGGAGUUGGCAGCUUCAGCGGAGGGGAGCUGGUGCCGGUGGCCUUGGCCCAGGCUGAAGGAGACAGAGGCCUCGGCUUUAGCGUGACGGCUGGAGGGCCUGGAGGCAGGAUGACUGUGGUGAAGAGAGUCUGGGACAGGAAGCAGUGCAACUCCCUGCAGCCAGGGGAUGCUAUUGUCAAAAUCAAUGGAGCUGAUGUCCAGAGUCUCAGCUUUGCACAGGUACAAACAGUUCUGCAGGACCACACCAAACAGGGAGAAGUCGUUUUACUAGUUUACAGAGGAGGUAUUUAUCAUUCGACCGUCUCACCCGGCUCUAUUCGGAGACUCCCUCCACCUCUGCUCCGCCCCCCUCCUCCACCUGUUGGCUCAGAUAGCUCCUCUCUGCUCCCAGAAGUGCUGCCGAUGCCCCGCACCUCCAUUAGCACCCCUCCCUCCCCGGCCCUCCCCACAAGAUCCUCACUGAUCCAGAGCACCAGCUUCUUGGAAUCAAUCCCGGUGACCCUGACUAUGGAGCCCAAAGACUGGAUGAACACGGGCCUGGAGGACGAUGCCGGCGCCGUCCCAAUGCCUGACACAGGUCUGGAGAAGCAGAGUGCUGAACGAACUCGGCCGCUUCGAGGGUUUGAUGUGGAGUUGAGGAGAAAGCCUGGAGAGGGCUUUGGGUUUGUCAUUGCCUCUCAGGAUGUGGAGAACGGUAAAGCUGCUUCCCUUCUUCCCCACCGGUUUGUGACGGUCCGUCGAGGCAGUCCGGCGGCAAAGAGCGGUCAGAUCCGGCCUGGAGAUCGUCUGGAGGCGGUGGAGGGACGCUCAGUGGUGACGCUCCCUCAUCGGGAGCUCGCUCAGAUACUUCGCAGAGCGGGAAAUACUCUGCGCCUCACGAUCGUCCCCCGACCCAGCACCUACUCUUCAACCCUUUCAGAAACCGCUGACUAUGACCCAGCUCACCGAGGCAGGAAGGGUCAGAGAUCACGACCAAAGCGUGACUCCAGGUAUUACAGUGUCGAUCUGGAUCGUGGCCCCUCAGGCUUUGGCUUCAGCCUCCGAGGGGGAAGCGAGUACAACAUGGGCCUCUAUGUCCUUGGACUGAUGGAAGGAGGGCCCGCCUCACGGAGCCAAAAAAUGCAGGUGAGCGAUCAGCUCGUGGAGAUCAACGGGGACAGCACGGCCGGUAUGACCCACAGCCAGGCCGUUGAGCAGAUCCGCAGAGGAGGCCACCGCAUCCACCUGGUCCUUAAGAGAGGAAACGGCUACGUGCCCGACUACGGCCAUGAGCACCGAAUCACCUCCCCCUCCCUCCUGCAUCACCCCAAGGAGCAGGGUUUGGCUGCAGUAGACUCCGCCGGAUGGAGGGGACACACUUCCAAGAAGGAGGAGAAGAAGAGGAGAAGCAAGUCGAAUGGAGAUGAGAGAGAGACGGAAAGGCGAGGAAGGAGGAGGAGAAGACGGGGCUCAGGGGGAGGAGAGCACUCGGGCUUACAAAGCCCCGUCUCUGAGCGGAGGGGAAGGUCUCAGGAAGCCAGGGACAGGAGGAAGAGGAGGAGAAAAAGGGAGACUCAGAGUUUACCCAGAGAUGCCCUCAGGAAACAUGAUGAUAGUGAUGCAGAAAAGGAGACGAGGAGGGGAAGGAGAAGGGGAAAGGACAGAGGGAGGAGCAGAGAGAGGAAAAGCAGGAGCGAAGAGAGGGUGAGGGUGGCGAAGGGUGAGGAGCCUGAGCAGGAGACGGUGGAAGAGAGGAUGGCGGAAAGAGUGGAAGAAGUGGUGGAGGAAGUAGAGGAAAGAGCAGAUUUACAGGGAGAGGAGAGUGAAGAUGAAGUUUUCCUUCCCAUUCCAAGUCUUAACCAAAAGCUUCCCAGUCCCAAGCAGAACUGGGAGGAGGAGGGGGAGGAGGAAAACUGGGACGUGGCAGCAGAGUACAGGGAGCUGAGGACAGAAAAGGAGCAGGAGAGGUCAUGGGAUGAUGACGGGGGCGAAAAUAUAGACACAGAAAUGAAUGAAGAUGAAAAAGAUGACGAUGCACAGAGCGGGCAGCUGGAGAGGCCAUUACUGAGUGUUGCUGUGGUAGAUCCGGUGUCACAGAGAAAGCCCUUCUCCUUCCUCACCUCCACACUGUCCAUACAGCAGCUGGGGGAUGAUGAUGAUGAUGAUGAGUCAGAGUCUGGAGGCAGCCAAUCUGACAGCAGCGUGUCUGCUGCCAGCAUCUCAGGCCUCUCUCUGGCUGCCACAGAAGCAGGCGGGCGCAGGGCGGCGGUGCUGCCAGGCCCUUGGCUCGCGCCCAGCCAGCAGAGCAGGGUUCAGGUCACACAGGGGACCAGGCGGCCCGGCAGGCGGACAGGACGGGGGGGAGGAAGGAGCGCUGUCUCUUGACUUUUAGCACGCAGCAGCUGAAUGAUACUGUAUCCGAUUCUGUCAGUUCCACACUGUUAGACUUGUUUUUCUGCAGCUACCCGCACUACUACUACCAACAUUUUCUCUGAGUCACUUUGAUAUCUACAGUAGUAUGAAGUCAUAUUCUUCGUGCCUUUUUACAGCUGAUCUCUGGCUGAUGUUAAAUGUCAGUUAUCACAUUUUAACUCAUAAAUGAUAGGAAAGGUUAUCUCUCCCUCAAAAAUGUUAUUAUUAUUUUU